AUGGUUGGGUUCCACCAGUUAUAUGAUAGAGCAAGCAAAGAGCUUGCAGAGGCAAGGGCAAAUCUCCAACCUGAACCCUUAUUUAUUCGUCCAUCAACACAGUGGUAUGCAAGCUGUGCUCGAAACCAGAAGAAACCCAGCCUAACAGAAGCUGAGCAGGAUGAGUUUGGCAUCUGGCAUGCUUGUUUCUCCAUUCACUCCUCUCGUGAUGAGUUGGAGCAGGCACUACAACUUCUCCAACCUCAGUGGGUUAUUUCAACAACUCCGCCGUGCUUUGCCAUUGAGCUGAGCUAUGUAAAGAAACAUUGUUUCAAGACCCGCUUAACACCUGAUGAUCCACUGUGGAAAAUAUUCAGAGAUCCUCUUGAAAAGUCAGUGUCCUCCCCUUGUUCAGUGCUUGUGUCUGAAACACAGACAAACGAAGAUAACUCAAGUUUUGUUGUUGAUGAUGAUCAUUCAUCUUCCACCAGCGAUGGAUGUACAUAUUUAAAUGUAAUAAGCACCCUUGAACCGAAAUUUGUGCCACCCCCUCCACCUGAAGAACCAGACAUUACAUUGUUUGGAAGAGCAAGGUUUGCCUCUCAAGCAAUUGACAUUAUGAAAGAAGAGUACAUUGCCUUAGAAGAAGCCAGGGCAUGUGCACCAACAGAUUCGGUUCAUGGUAGUAGUGAAGAUGUUGAAACAUAUUCUUCAACGGAUUUCGAUACGAAACAACCACCAGCCUCCCAGCAGGAUCCCAUGGCAGUUGGAGAUGAUGUGACUUCCUGUAAGCAUGAAACAACCUCAACGCAAUUAGAAGCGUGUCAAGUGAAGUCAUUACCUGCUGUUCAACACAAUAUGUUAGUGGUGUCUGAUCAACUUGAAAAGUCAGAAGUUGCAGAGGAGUCAAAAUCAUCGAGUUCCACGGAAGACUUAAACCUUACCAUGGUCAGAAGUGCAGAAAGAACUGAUUGUCAAAAGGAACCUUUGUGCAUUAUUGGAUCAUCGAAAUGUUUGAAUACAAGUUUGAAGAGGCUUUACAGGUCAAGGAAUAUCCCUGUUCCUAGACCUCUUCCAUCGCUUGUCAGACUUUUGGAGUCCUCUAAACGGGUCAAAAUGCAACCAAAUACUAAUUAUAAUUCAUUGAAUUCACGACACAGCUUACCCUAA